AUGUCUGUGUCGUCGGCGCUGUCGUCGUUCCUGUACGGCUGCUUCAACCCGGCGGGCGGGCGGUACCACCACCACCGCGCGGGGGCCUACUACCACAGCAGCCACCCCACGAGCGCCGACACCCUGUACUACAACCAGGGCGGGUUCGCCGGCGGCCGCAGGAUGGGCCGGAGCAGCCGGCCGCUGUCCCUGCAGACGGUGGAGCUGAAGGUGCGGAUGUGCUGCUCGGGGUGCGCGCGGGUGGUGAAGCACGCGCUGACGAAGCUGCGCGGGGUGGACAGCGUGGAGGUGGAGGUGGAGAUGGAGAAGGUGACGGUGACCGGGUACGUGGAGCGGCACCGGGUGCUCAAGGAGGUGCGGCGCGCCGGGAAGAAGGCCGAGUUCUGGCCCAACCCGGACCAGCCGCUGCACUUCACCACCGCCAAGGACUACUUCCACGACCAGGAGUCGUUCCGCCCCAGCUACAACUACUACCGCCACGGCUACAACGGCGACAAGCACGGCCACCUCCCCGAGCCCCACCGCGGCUCCGACCCCGUCAGCAACAUGUUCAACGACGACGACGUCAACGCCUGCUCCAUCAUGUAA